UUUGACCGCAUGGGCAACCCUCGGUUUUAGUGUAAAUAAAUAGAAAAAACAAAGCCGUAGAAUUUUUGAAAACGUCACAAAUACGUGUAAACAAUUUGGCGCUAAACGCAGUUAAUAGGAAGUUAUUAUAAAUGGAGCAAACCCCGCGUGGUAUGCACUUUUUGGCGGCGGUACUGGUGCUGGUAAUAUUGCUUUUGCAUCAAAAACAAAUCGACGCUGCGGCUGCAACAACAAAUGACACGGAACCAAAUACGGCUAAGGGAAAUUCCGUAAAGCCACCAUCUCUUCCGGCAGCAGAAACUGUGACGUCACCACCACCGCAGUCAAAGGCAGCAGCUGCAGGAACAGCAGAAAAACCUGUGGAGAUCAAUGAAAAUCCAGAGAAGCCAAAGCCGGCGACCGAAAAAAAUGCGCAUCCAACAACAAAGAAUGUAAUUCUGCCCGUUGAAGACAAUGUGCACAUUGAGCACUCCAAUCCCAAAACCGAGAUGGACUUUGCGGACUCAUUUACUCCAGUUUACUAUAUACUUGUGGCAUUAUCAAGCUCGGCGAUUUUGCUGCUGGUUGCUCGUGUUUAUCGUCUUCGUUUGUCACGCGCUGAGCGCAAGUAUGGAGUGCAAGGAGAUCGGGCCAAUCAGGAGCUGACACCGCUGCCAAUGGCGAUUGAGGAUGUGAACAGCGAUGAGGACGAGGAUCACACAUUGUUCGAGGUUAAUCGUCAGAGUAUACGCAUCUUAUGAAAUCACAACAACAACAGCAGUAACAGCAUGCAGAAAAGCACAGACCAAUAGUCUGUUUGUACCACACACACACACACACACACACACCCACACACACGCAGACACACACACAAACAAACGAUUCUCAGCUAAGCAAUUUGCUUUCUCAGUUGUAGUUGUAAUUUUUUGUAGAGUAUCAAUGUAGUUAGAUACUUACCUUGCCUAACUGUGUAAUUGCCUUAUAAGGUCAACUUAAGAUUUACAUUUCUCUCACAAUACAAAAUUGAAGUUCAUGUUUAAAGAAAACAAGAAAAACAUAAGAAAAAACAAAAAACCAUUUGUGAUAACAAUAAUAUGUAUGUAAGAAAUUGCUAUGCGUUUAACUAAUUUUGUACACUAAACUUAACUACUACUUUAUAUGUAUAUACAAGUAUAUUGAAUAUUGCUUGUGUCAUGUAAAACGUGAAUAAAUGUUAAAAGAAAAAAACAAAUGAUAAUGCAUUUACAUUUA